CUAGGUAGUCAGUUCAGUAGGUUUUGAGACACAGCUUGACUAGUGCAAAUAGCACUGCUUUCCAAACCUCCUAACAUUAACGUUAAACUGUAUGCCGACUUUACGAGUCCUACUUUUAUGCAUUUAAGAAGCCACAUAUUGGAACCUAAAACGGGAGCUUAAACUGCCUAUAACUGUAGUUUUUUUAAAUAACGAUUCAUCCAGCGCAGGGCAGGUUCAGGCGGGCGUUUAACGUUAGCUUAGCAAGACUCAUGGAGUGUCCUCACCUAAACUCCAGUGUCUGUAUCACGGUGGACCCUACCCGGUUUCCCAAUGGUUCUCCUUCUUCGUGGUGUUGUACCGUUUGCAGAUCAAACAAAAGUCCCUGGGUUUGCCUGACAUGUCUGAACGUGCAUUGUGGAAGGUAUGUUAAUGGCCAUGCGAAAAAGCAUUUCGAAGACAUUCAGGUUCCGGCUGGCAGUCAAAGGAAGCCAGAGCGAGAAAAAUGUCAGCAGCACUCUGUGUGUAUGGACUGUAACAGUUAUAGCACAUUCUGUUACCGAUGUGAUGAAUUUGUGGUGAACGACACAAAACUGGGGCACGUGCAGAGAGUCAGAGAGCAUCUGCAGAGUUUGGAAAACUCUGUGUCUAAUACUGAGAGGCAAAGGAAGAGAAAACUUUCAGACAGUUCCUCUCCGGACAGCAAGCUGAAGAAAGAUGGUGAAGGCUCCCCAGCCUUUUGUGCCACGGGCCUGCGUAACCUAGGCAACACCUGCUUCAUGAAUGCCAUUCUCCAGUCCCUAAGUAACAUCCAGGCGUUCAGCUGUUAUUUCAAGGAGCUGCCCUGUGUGGCCUUACGAAGCGGGAAAACGGCAGGACGGAGAAUGUACCACACCAGAAGUCAAGGGGACAGCAGUGUAUCUCUGGUUGAGGAGUUCAGAAAAACGCUUUGUUCACUUUGGCAGGGGAGUCAGACCGCCUUUAGCCCAGACGCUGUCUUUUAUGUUAUCUGGAAAAUAAUGCCAAGUUUCAGGGGUUACCAGCAACAAGAUGCUCAUGAAUUUCUGCGUUACCUGCUGGAUCAUCUCCACAGAGAGAUGCAGGGAAGCAAGAACGGCUCACCCAGUCCUGCCGUGUCUCCUGACCGACCCAAACAUCCUUCUGAGAGCAAAUGCUGCAUAAAUGGGACCUCGACUAUCGUUACGUCUGUGUUCGGUGGUAUCCUCCAGAAUGAGGUGAACUGCUUGAUAUGUGGGACGGAGUCUAGAAAAUUCGACCCAUUCCUAGAUCUUUCAUUGGACAUACCAAGCCAGUUCAGGAUCAAGAUCACAAAAGACCAAGAGCCAGGGCCAACAUGCACUUUGAAAGAUUGUCUUCGUAGUUUCACAGAUUUGGAGGAACUGGAUGAGACCGAGCUCUACAUGUGUCACAAGUGCAAAAAGAGACAAAAGUCCACCAAGAAGUUCUGGAUCCAGAAACUACCCAAGGUGCUUUGUUUGCAUCUCAAGAGGUUUCACUGGACAGCAUUUCUGAGGAAUAAGAUUGACACCUAUGUAGAGUUUCCUAUGCGAGGCCUUGACAUGAAAAGCUACUUGUUAGAGCCGGAAAACAGCUUGCCUGAAAGAUGCCUGUAUGAUCUUGCUGCUGUAGUGGUGCAUCACGGAUCAGGCAUCGGCUCUGGUCAUUACACGGCAUACGGGCUGCACGAGGGCAAGUGGUAUCACUUCAACGACAGCACGGUCACUACGGUCAGCGAGGAAGCUGUGCUCAAAGCCAAGGCUUACAUCCUGUUCUACACAGAGCACACCGAUCAAGACAAGCCAGUCUCAGCAAAUCCACCCAAGCUUUAAGAUUUAUCAUACUGCCUCCAGAUCAGUACAACCCCCCUACUGAUCUCUGAUCAGUCAAUGGACCUUUGUGUACCGUUUUAUGCUAUCCACAAUAAUUUCUGGAUCACACAACCUCAGUAAAAAUCUAAUCGCUGCUUUCGUAUUGACUUUUCGUUUAAUAUAUCGUCCUGGUUUUGACUUUCGUAAGCCACCAGCGUUCGGUUUGGUAACAGAAGUGAGAAAUGAUUCCAGAUGUAAUUGUUUAAAAGGGGAGUUUCGUUUGUAGAGGAAACAGGCGACACAAAUUGACUGAACAAAGCGCUUUACAAUUGCAAAUCGGAUAUAUUUCUCGCUGAGUGUUUUUCUGUCAGUUAAAAUGAUUACAGCCGUCACAUUUCUGCGUAAGGCACAGCAGUCUCCUGUUCACAAAUGCUGCUUAUUCCAGGAAAAUGUAUUUCUGUUCCGCUCAGAAACACCAGUGCUUUGCUUGUACUUAAGUCUGCCGUAUUGGUCUGUAUUAACGUGGGUGUGUUUUUAAAAGCCAAAACUUGAAAUAUUUGAUUUAAUGUGAUUAAAUUUGUAUCACGAAGCAGUAGUUAAACACGGCUGUCACCUCACUAAUGUGAAAACCAUUUGUCUGAAGGGUCCACUAGCUCAUGUGUCUUGUUUAUUUUAAGCUUGAAAAUGUUGUACAGUUUUGGUCCUUUAAGAAUUAAAGAGAUGCAGGUUGUGC